AUGAAAGAAAGGACAAACAUUAAAUUAUACUUUUUUAUUAUUACUCUUACCAUUACCUUUUUCAUAUCGACUUGGAAGCAUUUAAUUGAUUCAACUAACGCUGAUCAUACAUGGAACACAAAUGUCUUCGUUCCAAAAAGCACAUUACACACAAUAUUUGGUAGAACGUUAAAUAGUGACACGGAAGAAGAAACUCAACAAAAAUAUCAAGCUCUAAAGGAAAGAAUAAUAAAUUUAUUAGGGGAAGAUGAUGACAACUUUAGAGAAAGAUUUAAUGCCCUGAUGCAUGAUGGCGUUUUUAGAAAAGAAUAUAAUGUGUUGAUGAGUGAAUGUAAUCUUGAAAAGCUAUCUACUGCACUAAAACGUUAUGAAGAUUUUGAAAAACGAGUAAACCCCUUCAAGAAUAAUAAAAGGUUUAAAAAAUCUCGUAAGAAUUUAAACAAUAACCAUCAUCUUAAUGGUCGAUAUGAUGAAUUUAAAUAUUACAAUGAUGAUUAUGAAGGAAGAAAUCGUGCAUUCUAUUAUGUGAAUGAUUUUAAAGUAAGACAGAAAGCAAGAAGGCCAAGAUAUUCGCAAGUGUUAAGAAAAGAGUAUAGAGUAAAAAAAAAUGAGCCAAGGAUAUUUACAUAUUUAAACAGAUACAUUUCAAGCAUUAAGGCAAAAAUGCCACGUCCGUAUAUAACUCCAUAUAAUAAUAAUAAACAUGUGUUUAGACGUAGUAUUAAAUAUAGAAAAUUUAAGUACUGUAUGGAUAAUUUUAAAGCAAUUCUUACAAUAUAUUCUGUCAAAUUGUUAAAACUGAUUUUAUACAUAUUGUACUAUACAUCUCAGGAAAUCUUUGAUAUACUGUUUCCAUAG